ACCUUGGAAGAGGUGCAAAUCCAGGAAGUUACAUGGUUGAAGAGAUCUGGGAAGAGCUUGCAAAAGCAAAAUACUUGGAGUGGGAGCAUGAAUCUACAAGGCGCUCCUGGGAACUUCAGAACUUGAAAGAAUCCUGUGAAUUAGCUCUCAAGGAGAAACACAUGCUCGAUAGUUCUCAGAUGGAAGGGCUUGUAGAUGAAAACUCAAUGUCUCUUUUGAAGCAAUUGGAAGCUGUGGACGAAGUUUUCAUGAAAGCUGCAGAAGAUGAUACUCCAACUGAGGUUCCUGAUCACUUGUGUUGUAAAAUCACUCUUGAUAUUUUUCGUGACCCUGUCAUCACUCCCAGUGGGGUUACAUACGAGCGGGCAGUGAUUCUUGACCAUUUGCAGAAGGUGGGAAACUUUGAUCCAAUCACACGAGAACCACUUUAUACGUCCCAGUUGGUGCCAAAUCUAGCCAUAAAAGAAGCUGUACACGCAUUUCUGGAUAGGCAUGGCUGGGCAUACAUGAUAGAUUGAAUUUUUCAUUGGUAUGAUCAAUAUCAUCUGAUGCAUGGCAAUGAUGGUGCUAGUGAAACCAAGAACAGAGCCAGAGGGUAAGGAGGACACGGCUUUUUGUGGGAGUCAUCUGGCUAACAGCUUCCAGUAUUAUUGAAUAUUAACAUGGUUUCCCAUGUUAAUCACAGUUGUACAGUGUAGUGCUUUUGUAAUGGCUCGUUGGUCUUCAUUAAUUGUACAGCAAAACAUCAAGCCAGCUUUUUGUGAGAUGUUACAGUUACACUGUUGAUCAAAUGAAACAAUAGUCUUUUGAUAUACAA